AUGCAGCUCACUGUUCUCGCAUCCCUCGCUGUCCUUUGCAGCUCUGCUUUCGCUGCCCCUGUUGACAGUCGCUCUCCUGAAUUGGUUGAUGUCUUGGCCUAUGUGGAGGAUGUCGCGAACUACGACACUGUGAACGUCCUCACCCGCCAGGCGUCCAUAGCCGACGUAUUUGCUGACAUCGAUUAUGUUUUGGACGAUGAUACAGUGAACAUCCUCACCCGCCAGGCGUCCAUAGCCGACAUAUUUGCUGACAUCGAUUAUGUUUUGGACGAUGAUACAGUGAACAUCCUCACCCGCCAGGCGUCCAUAGCCGACAUAUUUGCUGACAUCGAUUACGUUUUGGACGAUGAUACAGUGAACAUCCUCACCCGCCAGGCGUCCAUAGCCGACGUAUUUGCUGACGUCGAUUAUGUUUUGGACGAUGAUACAGUGAACGUUCUCACCAAGCGUCAGUUGGUUGACAUCACUGCAAUUGUUGACGAUGUUCUCAACAAUGAUGUUGUCAACAUCCUCACCUAAGUCGAUUUGCAUCCCCUUAUUACGUCGAACUCUCGCCAACCU